AGGCUGAUGGGGCUGAUGCUACGUUACGGGCAGCCUUCCACUGCCAGCGCCUGCUGCAAGUUUUUCUACUAGCAUUCAUCCUUGGAAGUGUUCUUCCCCCCUUCUCCCUCCCAGAAACUCGGGCUUCAGAGCCUGGGACUUUAAUCAGGCAUUUCUUUCCUUCUGUAAUCUGGUUUUGCCUUAAAGAAAGCGGACACUUCAGCUCUGAUGUUCGGUUCAGAACCUUUUGAAAGCCAAACCCUUCAGAGUCCAACUUGUUAAGGAGUUACUGAAUGUGAAGAAGGAGAAACAUUAUUGACAGUCAUCAUAACUGUGCAACAACCUCAGACCUGUUCAGAUGUUGCUGUUUCCCCAAAUCACAGGUCUAUGGAAAUGCAGGAUCUAGCAAGUCCACAGAGUCGUCUUAGUGGUAACAGUGAUUCUCCAGGCGGUCCAAGCCUUGAUAACUCUCACAUCAACAACAAUUCCAUGACACCAAAUGGCACAGAGGGGGACAACAUGACUCUUCUGAACACUGCAGACUGGCUGCUAAGUGCCAAUACGCAGACCUCUGCAGUUAAAACUGAGCCAAUGAGCAGCGCUGAUAUUGCAGCUACGACUGCAGACGGUUCAUUAGACAACUACUCAGGGUCAGUUAUUGGAAACAGUGGAUUUAGCCCAAGACAGACACACCAGUUUUCUCCACAAAUAUAUCCAUCCAACAGAGCUUACCCACAUAUUCUGCCUACCCCUUCCUCCCAAACUAUGGCUGCGUAUGGUCAGACUCAGUUUCCGACGGGAAUGCAACAAACAACAGCAUAUGCUGCAUACCCCCAACCGGGACAGCCUUAUGGAAUCCCACCCUAUGGUGCAUUAUGGGCAGGAAUCAAGACUGAAGGUGGAUUACCGCAAUCACAGUCACCAGGACAGACAGGAUUUCUCAGCUACGCAUCAAGCUUCAGUGCCCCCCAACCCGGACAAGCUCCAUACAGUUAUCAAAUGCAAGGGAGCAGCUUUACCACCACAUCAGGGAUCUAUGCAGGAAGCAAUUCACUCACAAAUUCAACUGGAUUUAAUAGUUCCCAGCAGGAAUACCCAUCGUAUCCUGGCUUUGGUCAAGGUCAAUAUACUCAGUAUUACAAUAGCUCACAGUAUCCUUCACAUUACAUGACAAGCAGUAACACCAGCCCAACGACACCCUCAACGACAGCCACUUACCAGCUCCAAGAACCCCCGUCAGGUAUCACCAGCCAAGCGGUUACAGAUCCCUCCACAGCAGAAUACAGCACAAUCCAUAGCCCAUCAACGCCAAUUAAAGAUUCAGAUUCAGAUCGAUUAAGACGUUCUUCUGAUGGAAAGUCACGCGGACGAGGAAGGAGAAACAAUAACCCGUCCCCACCUCCAGACUCUGACCUUGAGAGAGUGUUCAUAUGGGAUUUGGAUGAGACAAUAAUUGUUUUCCAUUCGUUGUUGACCGGAUCCUAUGCAAACAGAUAUGGAAGGGAUCCACCUACUUCUGUAUCACUUGGGCUUCGAAUGGAAGAGAUGAUUUUCAAUCUUGCGGAUACUCAUCUGUUCUUUAACGACUUAGAGGAAUGUGACCAGGUUCACAUUGAUGACGUAUCUUCGGACGACAAUGGUCAAGACUUGAGCACUUAUAACUUUGGGACAGAUGGCUUCCCUGCAGCAGCGACCAGUGCAAACCUCUGUCUGGCAACAGGGGUUCGAGGAGGUGUGGACUGGAUGAGAAAAUUGGCUUUUCGUUAUAGAAGAGUAAAAGAAAUCUACAAUACCUACAAAAACAAUGUUGGAGGUCUGCUUGGCCCUGCAAAGAGAGAAGCCUGGUUGCAGCUUAGGGCAGAGAUUGAAGCUUUGACAGAUUCGUGGUUAACUCUGGCUCUGAAAGCCCUCACAUUAAUUCAUUCAAGGACAAACUGCGUAAAUAUACUUGUCACAACUACACAACUCAUACCCGCUUUGGCAAAGGUUCUGUUGUACGGAUUAGGAGUUGUAUUCCCGAUAGAAAAUAUUUAUAGUGCAACAAAAAUAGGAAAAGAAAGCUGCUUUGAAAGAAUAAUUCAACGGUUUGGAAGGAAAGUUGUUUAUGUAGUGAUAGGUGAUGGUGUGGAAGAAGAACAAGGAGCCAAGAAGCAUUCAAUGCCAUUUUGGAGAAUAACAAGUCACUCGGAUUUAAUGGCGCUCCAUCAUGCCUUGGAACUUGAAUACUUGUAGCAGUGACACAGCACUUCAGGUACCAGAGUAAUUGCAUCUUGCUAAAGGAUUAAACAUCGUCCUCAUCGCCCUGUGCAACUCGGUUACUGUGCAUGAAGAUCCUAACAUUAAUGUUACCAGUGUAAGGUCUUAUAUUUACUUGCCGACCUGCUGAAAAUGUGAGUUUUGGAAAGUACAAGAAAACAGAGCAUUCGUGUAUCAGCAGCAGAAAAUCCCACAUUUCAACCGCACAGCAGGAUAACCAGACUUUCAAAUGUAAUGGAAGACAAGUAAAAAUGGCAGAUAUGACGAUUGGCAAUAUGAGUGCGAGAAGGACAAUACUUGUGCUGAAUUCAGAUUUGGACACCUAAAAAAAGGCUUGAUAUUUGUCUUUUUGAAUCCAGAGCACUCUCGACAUGUUAUUUAUAAAUUGACUUGGUAAAGACAUAUGAACUUGACACACAAGACAUGAAGAAUACUGUAUGAUACGACAAGCAAGAUUUUCUGUGGGACUCGCUAUUUUACUUGCAAAACAGUCUAAAGUAUGUAUACUGUAAGUUAAACAAAUAUGUACAUCACUGAGAAAAUCCUGUACAGAGAUUUUUUGUGUAAAUUUGUAAUAAUUUUACAUACUGUUUAGGUAAAUAUUAAUAAGGUUGCUAUGCCUUGUUAGAAGAAAGAAGCAAGGCAGCGUGUGUACAAACUGUUGUGCAGUGCCUUAACAAAGUGUUAGAUAUAAAUAUGUAGAUAAUGUUUUAUGUUGAUUUUUUUUUUGUUUUGAUUUUAUACUGUAGUUGAUUUUGUUAAGACCAAAAGCAUGGAUGUCAAGUGUCAAUACUAUUUUAUUCUUUUUAACAUUUUCCUCAUGAACCUCUAAAUACAGAUGUACCUGGUUUAACAAUUCAGUGGAAUCAUGCAAAAAUGCAAGUUUCUUCUUUACUUGAAGAGAGUUUUGUAAGAUUACAUAUAUAGAUAUGUGUUGCAUAUAUGUAUAGGGGAAUCGAUCACAGAUUUUAAUCUUUCACUUGAAGUUUAAAAACAAUAAAUUGCUACAUUUUGUA